AUGGCCGCACCUUGUCUGCAGACAUGUUUUCUUUGGGCCAUCUCGAGGAACCCAGCUUUUGUGCCUGCGGAUUGCUGCUGUCAGGCCUACGUCCUUGACGUGCUGAAAGGCAAAGGGAAGGGUUGGUUUCCUGGACCUCCUCGUCCAGGACCCCCCCCUGCAGAGCCCCCGCCGCCACCUCCGGUUGGCCCUGUGGGUCCGGCGCCUCCGGUGCCGGCACCGUUACCCGCAGGACCUAUUGGGGAUAAGGGCUCUUACAAGGGGACCGAUGGCUGCAGCAAGGGCUCUUGCAAGGGGAACGACGAUGAGCCGGAUGUCACAGAGGGUAAAGGGAAGGGUGGCAAAAUGAGGCCGCUAGAGCCCGCUGUACCGCCCGGACGACCGAAAGCGAAAGCCAUGCCUGGCCGGUCCACCGGUCAAUGGGUGCAAUGUUGGAUGUGGAUGCCAGGAAGUGGCCCCCCAUAUGCACCCUGCCCCCCUUCAGACGUGAUUGCGGCCCGGCCGCCGGGACCUGGGUUUGGCAACGAAGUCGAAGUCGAGGAAGAGUCGCCAGACCGUCCGGGUUUCACAGCGUCGACGGCGGCGGCGGCGGAUGCAUUACCUCCUCCUCCUGGCCCUUCGUCGCCGCGUGCGGCAGCGGAGGCUUGCAGACGCAGAGGUUCCACUGAGAAGCGCGAGUCUGAACAGAGAAAGCGCCGCAAUAAUGAGAGGAAGCGGCGGAGCAGAAGCAGUCACCGGCGUCGUUGAUGCCAUUAUGGGCAUCUAUCCCUUUGGGGUCUUCUGCCUGUCACGCCUGCUGCGUUUUUUUGAAGCCUAUACAGCAGCUGUAAAACAUGACAGAGCGUUUUUACUCCUGUGCGUUUUUUUCAAACCGACCUGUUGCUGCACAGCCGUAAAACAAAA